AUGGAUGAUGGAACCCAGAUUAUGGGUCUCUACGGUAUGGGUGGAGUAGGAAAAACAACUCUUCUUGAACAGAUCAACAAUAAGUUUAAGGUUGCAAAUGAUGAUGGGUUUGAAAAAGUCAUUUGGGUUGUUGUGUCCAGCAAUCUACUGAUAGAGAAGAUUCAAGAUGAGAUCGCUGAGAAACUAGGCUUUCCUCGAGAGAAUGGAAACAAAAGAGAGAAAAAGAAGGCCACUGAUAUACACACUCGUUUGAAGAACAAGAAAUUUGUCUUGUUACUGGAUGACAUUGGAAGAAGUAGAUUUAAAAGAAAUCGGAGUCCCAUUUCCGACAAGGGAAAAUGGAUGCAAAGUAGUAUUCACCACUCGUUCUAG